AUGUUUCGACAGCGCAUCCGGCAAACUGCACGCGCCGCCGGGCGUGGAUUUACAAGCUCGUCGUUGCAGCAUCACUCGAUCAAGACUUUGGGUGUGAUCGGGGCUGGGCAGAUGGGUCUCGGUAUCGCUCUGACCGCGGCCAGAGUGGCGCGGGUGGAAGUCUUGCUCGCCGACUCGAACCGAGCCAGUCUCGACAAGUCUCUUGCUUUCGCUGAAUCGCUCUUGCAGAAGGAUGUGACUCGAGGGAAGCUAGACGCCGAGACCAGUAGUGCGAUUCUGGCCAGAAUCAAACUCGUCGAUGGCAUAGCGGCCUUCGACCAGGUGGAUAUCGUGAUCGAGGUAUGUGGCCGACCCCCGCUGAGCCCCACUUGA